UCUAGCUCUGCAGCCAGAGGAGACAGAAACAGUCAGGCCCCGAAAAAUAAAAAAAAUAUAGAAAAAAUUGGAAAAAAUAAUAAAACAACAAAUCCGAGACAAAACGACAGCAUAAGGUUCCGAGGGUACUCCCACGAACUGCAGGAUGCCCAGAAGCACACCCCUCGCCCCAGAAGUGGUCACCAUGGGAACCGGCUGACAGUCAAAACCUCGUUCCCAUGGUCAUCUGAAAGAUUUGAAUAGCAAAGGCCCCUGCGCAGAUCCUGCUACGAUUGGACAUUUACCUUGUCUGGCCCUGCUUUGUCCAGCAACUGACCAGUCACGGCCAGCGAGGCAGUCAAGCUCCACCUACCUCUCCAUGGCAACGAAACCUUAGGGCUGCCAUGGCAGCAGCCACCGCCGAUGUCCCAUGCCAAACUGCCCCAGUGAGCCCAGAGAACCAGGACCUACAAAACAGAACCGCCGCUACCUUUAGCGCCGCCCUGCUGGCAGAGCAACCACGCCUGGAGCUGAGGGGAGAAGCUGAGAGUGAAGGGGAGCUGUGGAAGGGGCUCGGUAGGAACCAGUCCCCGCUGUGUCUCCUGGGCUCGCAGGACAAGCUCUGCCUCCAGACCUACUGCCAGAGCGGUGAGAAGGCCUUUCACUGCUCCCAGCCACACUGUGCCAAGGCCUUCGUCUCCAAGUACAAGCUGCUCCGACACAUGGCCACGCACUCCCAGCAGAAGACUCAUCAGUGCUCCUUCUGCGAGAAGAUGUUCCACCGCAAGGACCACCUGAAGAACCACCUGCAGACCCACGAUCCCAACAAGGAGGCCUUUCGGUGCGAGGAGUGCGGCAAGCGCUACCACACCAAGCUGGGCUAUCGCCGGCACGCCGCCAUGCACUCGGCCGCCAGCGGAGACCUCACCUGCAAGGUGUGCCUGCUGGGCUGUGAGAGCACAGCGGCGCUUCUGGAGCACCUGAGGGGUCACUCCGGCAAACCUCCGGUGGCGGGGGUGACCCGCGAGCGCCGCCACCCCUGCGCCCACUGCGACCGCCGCUUCUACACGCGCAAGGAUGUGCGGCGUCACCUGGUGGUCCACACCGGUCGCAAGGACUUCCUGUGUCCGCACUGCGCCCAGCGCUUCGGUCGUAAGGACCACCUGACGCGGCAUGCCAAGAAGAGCCACCCGCAGGAGCCGUUGGAGGGUAAGGCUGAGCUGACCCCACCCCCGAAUGUGAUUAAGGAGGAGCUCAGCCAUAUGUCAUGCGGGGGCCCCCCCAGGGUCCAUCCAGGGAACAAGCCCUUUGCAGGGGUUUUUCCUGUUGGCCUGUAUGACCCACAUCUCCAGCCAGCCCAUACUUCACCAGCAUGCCGGCCAGGGAUGGGCCGCCAUAUGGAACCACCGUGUGGUCCUCCUCACCCUCCAACCCAGCUGGCCUUGCCUGUCCCUCUAUCUCAUCACCAGCACCAUCAACACCACCUGCAGCAGCAGCAACAGCAGCAUCACCCCCCACCGCUCCCUCCUUCUUCCAGGUACCAGCCUGGAUCUACCUCAUCCUACCUCAAGAUGGAGAUGGAGAGCUUUCUGAUGGACCUGCAGAGCGGCCUGCCCCUGCCGACACUGCCCGAGCCCCAGGCUCUGCCUCCAGCCCCUCCCCACAUCCUGCCCGGCGACGAGUCGGAGUCCCUGUGUGGCGACGUCCUCUUGCCCAAGGGUCCGGCUGAGUCCUUGUGUGGUUCUAGCAUGGACUUCUCCCACCUCCUGGGCUUCCUGCCACUUAACCUGCCGCCCUACAGCACCCCCAUCGGUGCAGGCGGCCUGGUGAUGGGCUACCCGGCCACUUCCUCAUCAUCCUCCACCUCAUCCUCUUCAUCUUCCUCUCACGUGGCCGAGACCCUGGGCACAUCCCUUGCCUCCGCCCAGGUUCCACAUCAGGAAUCGUUGUCCUCAUUGCCCCUGGGGUUCAGCUCCACCCUCAGUACCAGCACUCUUCCCCGCUUCCAUCAGGCCUUCCAGUGAGGACCUCUGUCCAGCCCUAGAGUUCCAGGCCUCAGAACUUUACAGCUUACAGAGGCCCAGGUGAAAGGGCUUAGAAGGUCUGAAUCCUGCCAGAUACAGACCUCUAUAAACUCUUGCCCCAAAAACAGUAACGCUGUGUCUGUAUAGUAGGAGAUAGUACCAUAGUGACUGGAAGCAUGAUGCUAUCCACAAUAAACCUUAGGAACAAAAAGUCAAAGAUUAAUUUAGAUAUUGCUCAGAAUGAUUAGUUUGUAGUGGAUCAACGUCACUUACCUCACCCACGUGGGAAGUUUAACAGGCUAAGCCAGAUGGUGAAGUUAUGGGGUCAAAAGUUCCCGGCUGCUGCUCCAGACGGCAUAGCUCUACACGGGAUGUACAGUGAACUUGUGUGAAGAAGGAGAUUGCCUGCAGCUGUGAUUUAUGAAGACCUCAAGGGUUCGUGGCUGAAGUGUUUCUUCCCACGCCAAACAAACAAAUCCUGAGAGGUGGAUAGUUUAAGUCCAGAAAGUAGAAGUCCAGACCAAGAUUUUAUUUCAACCAACCAGUUGAGUAUAAAGAUUCACAGUCACAGAGUACUCAGUUGGUUGGCUGAAACAAAAUCUUGGUCUGGACUUCUACUUUCUGGACCUGAUCUGCCCACCUCUGAAAAGCGUAAAAGAGAACUCAGUGCCCCCUUUGUGUUUUGGGGUUUAUGGCUACCUACCUACAAUCGUACGAACAGUCGUACAGAUAGCAGACUAGUUUGCCUCAGGUUCUUCAGAGGAUAUGUGAGAUAAUCUGCCUCAAAGGAAAGCUACAGAGAUUCCCCCUGAGCCGUUUCCGGCACGAGCCGGAGGCAAGGUGAGGCCAGCAGAGGCCUUUGAGGUGGGACUCCCACCCAAAGAAGCACUUUCAACACCGCAUGCACUUCACCCCAACAGAGAUUAAAAAGACACAAAUCAGCUCUUAGAUUUGAUUCUACAUCCCUCAUACAUCUUGCAGCACUUGCUCGCAAACUCAUGCCGCUGAGGCAUCGUGAGGCGUCCAUCCUGUGUGACUCGCCCAGCGACCUCUAAAUGGAUCAAGCGGUAUGUUAGCAGCAGCCACCUGACAUAUGUGAAUAAUGUCAGGCAAGUCAAGCAGAGAUCCUGUGAAGGAAUAUUAUUGCAGUGUGUGAAACAUUUGAAAAAGUUAUUAAAUCUGCUUCCGCUUCUGUUUAGUGGUAGAUGUACUGAAGUGAAUGACUAGUGGUAAAUUGUUUGGGGGAUGGUGGACACUUGUUUUUUUUUUUUUUAAACCCCAGAUAUCAUUUGAUACGAUACUAUACUGUUCCCAUUCCUCCACCUCUAACCUCAGACAUCCUCCAAAAUGCCAUAGCUGCCCCAGUGCCUAGGUUGUGUCUGAUGGGCCCUGUUGUUUUAACCUAUUUGAAUUAAUUAAAACUGGUCCCCAGUGCAGAUCUCUGGGGUAAGUUUAGCUAAAAGCUGACUGUCAACACUACAGGCUCAGGGGCUGAAGGAUUAGCCGUUGCGUGCUAAGUUCUGGAGCUAAGCUUCCGGAAUUGUGUUCCAGAGCAUAGUGAGCGAAGACAGCCCAGUCAAACCACACUGUAUGGAUUCUGGCAGCUCCUGGACCGCAUGAACAAAAUGAGGAUGAGCAUGCGAAUGCCCCAGCUUGCCCUUUUUUUUUCGGUAUUGAAUGCCCUUUUAAAACAGGAGGGACAAUCAGGAACAUAUCAAAGGAUGCACAAAAUCUAAGCUGCUGACCCAGUUCUUAUCAGGAUCUCCAAGGAAACUUUUGCUCUUCAAUACGGCGAAGUAACUAAUUCACUGGUUGGAAAAAGUAAGUCGUUCUAAUGAACAGUGAUGCACGAGAGCUGGAUGAUUUUAGUGACAUAAGUUGUCUGCAUGUCAAAUUCAACUGGAUGAACUUUCGCCCUCAUCUCCAUGUGCCUCAGCCUUCCACACAGGCAGGGUGGAUUCCGAAUGUCCUCCACCGCCAGUCCAUAUGUGACUUGUUUUGGGGAUUAGGAAAAAAAAGUUAUGGAGUGAAAUGGAAUCGUUGUUAUAGUGACGUUCAAAACGAACAGCUCUGAGUAAAACCAACAGGGAUUGUUGCGCGUCGUCUUACAAUGUGCGUUUUCUGUUCAAGAAACCUUUAAAACAACACAUCACCUCAUUGUUCUCAGCAGAAAUCCAGGGAGGAGAGCCAGACCCCGGCACCCCAAACUCCCCCAUACUGCCUCACCUUUUACUGUAACUAUAGUAACAGUAAAAGCUGAAAAGGGGGGCCAGAGUGUCGCUAAAGAUGACAUCGUCACCUAGCUGUAGCCUAUUGGCUUUGCAUAUCUGGCUUGACCUUUGAACCCAACGAUGAUGUGCUUCUGGGUGAUACCUCAUGUGGGGUGCCUCUGAGAAUCAGGCUCUGUUCUGCUCAAAGAAA